AGAAGAGUGCUCAUCAUUCACUGGCCGACUGAGAGAGAGAACUCUGGCCCUUUGUAUUACACCUGACAUAAAAUCUCUCAUACGCUGGAUAUCUUAUAUUAAUCAGAAUCUGGGAGCUGAACGGAUAUUCUAGGCAACAAUGGACGACAGAAGAACAGAUUCAAGCUGGGCUUUUCCACUAGUUAAAGCAGCGUUUCUGCCUCAAUAACAAAUGUCCAGUAGUGGCGAGCUGUCAUCGGAGGGUUAGCCGGUGAGCUAAACAACAAAGCGUGGAGCGUGAAUGAAUGCUUUUUUCAUCAAAUCGUCUUGACAACAAUAUUUUACUGGGUGUUUUAAACCUGAAUAACGCUGCACCGUUUUUUAUAUAGUUUGAGCUAUCAAGAAGAUGGCAUUGGGACCCGCGUACUGUCUAACUCGUUUCAAUCAGUUCUAGUGAAAUCGAUACGAUAGUUUUUAUCCGCUUCUUUCUCGGGAUGUAAACUGCUGAUCGUGACACCUCGUGAUGGUUGCUAUUAGAGGCAAAGCAUCUCUUUCCAUGGCCCCAUCCGGAGCUCCUCUUGAGCCCGUCUCUGCUGGGGAUCCACAGUGAUGCCCUUUGGUUGCUGUUGUUUUAUAGGUAAUUCUCGAUAGAGAUUAGGUCACAUGGGUGCCAACGUGUUAUCAAGGUGACAGUAAUGUGUGACAACAGCAGCUGGCUGUGUUAGCGCUUAACAAAAAGGUGGAAAACGAGACUUCAUAGCUCUUCUUUUUCUAGUCAGUUUGGUAAAGACACGGAAAACAUCUCAGAAAUGCAUCAGAGCUGCAUUCAUCCAAGUGAGACGUUUAGAUAAGAACAGGAACUGUGAGGUAAUUGAGCUGGAACUGUGAAUGUAUUCAAAUGCUGUGGUUGUUACUGAAUGUACCCCGCAUCAAAUAUUCUUAUAUUAAAUUGGAGAAAAUGAUGGACCUGAGGUGGAUGAACUUUGGCAUUGUGCUAAAUAAAAGCAUUUAAAGCAAGUAAGACUUUGACUUGGACACCUGCACCAGUUUUCCUCAUCUAUGUGAAGGUUGGGAAACUGGAUUAGAGCCAUGUGGAUGCUUCAUUCUGCAACGAUGUUGCCUGCUUUUUGGCUGCUGUUUUUUAUAGGAACCUGUAUCAGGUUGUCGGAGACCAUGAGCAGAGAUGAGAAGAGCAAACUGAGGAUCCAAGUGCUGGAAAUGUUUGACCACGCUUAUCGGAAUUACAUGGACCAUGCAUACCCUGCAGACGAGCUGAUGCCAUUGACUUGCCGUGGGCGAGUACGUGGACUAGAGCCCAGUCGAGGGGACGUAGAUGAUGCCUUGGGGAAGUUCUCCCUCACCCUCAUCGAUACUCUUGACACCCUUGCGCUGUUAAAUAAGACGGUGGAAUUUGAAGAGGCGGUGAGGCGAGUGGUGAAGGAUGUACGCUUGGAUAAUGACAUCGUGGUGUCUGUAUUUGAAACCAACAUCCGGGUUCUGGGUGGACUGUUGGGGGGCCAUUCGAUGGCUGUCAUGUUGAAAGAAAAUGGACGAAUGGUCUGGUACCAGAAUGAGCUGCUUCACAUGGCCAAAGAUCUGGGACUCAGACUGCUGCCUGCAUUUAACACCAGCAGCGGCCUGCCUUACCCUAGAGUAAACCUGCGUCACGGAGUCCAUGGACCUGAGACCCGCACAGGCACAGAGACCGAAACCUGCACCGCCUGUGCCGGGACCAUCAUCCUUGAAUUUGCAGCUUUGAGUCGCUUUACUGGAGAUCCCACAUUUGAGGCUCAUGCAAGAAGGGCUCUUGAUUUCCUUUGGGAAAAGAGACAGAGGAACAGUAAUCUAGUGGGAACAACCAUCAACAUCCACUCUGGAGAAUGGGUCCGCAGGGACAGUGGAGUUGGGGCAGGCAUAGAUUCUUAUUAUGAGUACUUGAUGAAGGCAUAUAUAUUACUGGGCGAUGACCAACUUUUACUACGCUUUAACACUCACUAUGCAUCCAUUAUGAAGUACAUCAGCCAACCUCCUCUACUACUUGAUGUCCACAUCCACAAGCCCCUGCUUCCAGCGCGCACAUGGAUGGACUCAUUGCUUGCCUUUUUCCCUGGACUGCAGGUGUUAAAGGGAGAUAUCCGGCCAGCCAUAGAGACUCAUGAAAUGCUUUAUCAGGUUACCAAGAAACACAACUUCCUCCCUGAGGCAUUCACCACUGAUUUCAGGGUUCACUGGGCUCAGCACCCCCUGCGGCCAGAGUUUGCAGAAAGCACCUACUUCCUUUACAAGGCAACCAGAGACCCAUAUUACUUGGAAGUGGGCCGUACUGUACUGGAGAACCUGAAUCGUUUCGCUCGAGUUCCCUGUGGCUUUGCUGCUAUGAAGGAUGUGAGGACGGGGAGCCACGAGGAUCGCAUGGACUCGUUUUUCCUGGCGGAGAUGUUUAAGUACCUGUUCCUGCUGUUUGCUGAAGAGGAGGAUUUGCCUUUCAACGUGGAGGACUACGUCUUUACCACUGAAGCUCAUCUCCUGCCUCUGUCCCUCUCCACUGCUUCAAACUCACCGGCGCCCCCUGUCAUCAACAGUGUGGUUAUAGAGGAGCUCGAUGACUUAAAUUUUGAGUGGACUUGCCCAAACACCCGCCUACUCUUUCCUGAUCCCGCCUUCCCACGCAAUUUUCGUGAGCCAAUCAGGAGCGCGGUGGAUAAGAGUUGCCUGCGCCCCAUCGCUCAUCGUGAACCUGGCAUGGGCCGUCCUCCUCUUAGGGCUCAGGACUUCAUGGCCAAUAACCCUGAACAUCUGGAGCUGCUGAGGCGGAUGGGUGUGAGUCUCAUCCAUCUGAAAGAUGGCCGAGUACAGCUUGUUCAGCAUGCCACACAGGCGGUGAGCGCAGUUGCUGCAGAGGACGGCAUGCGCUUUAUGCAGGAAAUGAUGGAGCUUUCUAGCCAGCAGCAGAAAGAACAGCUUCCUCCACGGGCUGUUCAGAUCGUCUCACACCCCUUUUUCGGCAGAGUGGUUCUGACCGCAGGCCCUGCGCAGUUCGGAAUGGACCUUUCCAAAAGCAGCUCUGGAGUGCGUGGGUUUGUGACUGUAGCAGAGCCCUAUAAUGGCUGUUCUGAGUUGAGUAAUAGUGAGAUUGUGGCAGGUCGUAUCGCUCUGCUGCAGAGAGGCCAGUGCAUGUUUGCAGAAAAAGCAAGGCAUGUGCAGAAAGCUGGAGCCAUUGGAGGGAUUGUCAUAGAUGACAAUGAGGGCAGCAGCAGUGAUACGGCCCCAUUGUUCCAGAUGGCGGGAGAUGGACGGAACACGGAUGAUGUCACUUUACCUCUCCUCUUUCUGUUCCACAAAGAGGGCAACAUCCUGUUAGAGGCUCUGAAGGAAUACAAGGAAGUGGAAGUGCUGCUUAGUGAUAAAGCUCGAGACAGAGAAGCCAUAUUUAAGGGAAAAGCCCUCCCGGGCGCCCUGUUGGAUGGCAGUACAGAUGGAGCAGAAGAAGGAGACUGUUCCACUGAGGAGAGAGAACACAGUUCUCCCGCUCCCUCAGAACCCAUUGACCAAUCACAAGUCACCACUCAGGAGCAGACAGCAGGCGAGUCGGUUCAGCCUGCGGAGGGACUGGGCAGCUACGUCUCCGUGGAUGCAGGGGAGGAGCCUCCGGCAGACGAGGACUCCAACAACCAAUCGGUGGACUCGCUGAUGGCUGAUUGGCAGGAGGACUUGGAAGCAUUUAAGCAAAUGGAGAAGGAUGAGCUUUGACAUUCUUCAUCUCGGACUCCGCUAGUACAUCAUCCCAGCCAUAGCGCAGACUGAGAAAUCAGAUCUGUCAAAUAAGGACGAUAUAUAUAAAUAUAUAUAUAUAUCACACCGGCGAGUUUAAGAACUUUUACUUAAAGAGCUCAUUUUCUACGGCCAGUUCUCAGGGGCUUUUUUCGGAUUCACAUUUCAUGUUCUGAUCUCUUGACAAACUGAUUUCCAGAUCUCACCCACACAUUACCACUCAUCUCUUUUUCUACACGCCUAGGGAACACAAUCGCUCCUGUUUUUGUCUUCCUUUUAACAAAUGGGUUUGCCGAUUACAGAAGCGCAGGCUUAAAUCAUCAGUGCUGAUUAAUCAUCUGAAGGACCGAUUAAUUUAAUGGCUGGUUUAACUGUGAGUAAUUGCUUUUGAAAUAGGAUUCAUACUCGAUUUUUUUUGUUUUUGUCUCAGUUUGCAAUGGUCUGAUAAAAACAAAUAUGAGGACCUUAACGGAACGAUAUAUGUGUAUGUCUGAGUGCUUGUGUGUAUGUUUGUUGUGUUUAAAUAGUAAGAGGAUCACCCCGGAGGUCUCAUACGAACGGAAAGCUCAAAAACUCUCCUUGAUUUAAAAGUAUUUAACGGUCUUAUACAUUCAGCUUAUGACUUUAUCAUGAGGUCAGUGUUUGGAAGAGUAGCAUUAAAGGACCACGGAUGACAACUUUGCAUGUCAGUGACAGACUUUUCCGCUUUAAGGAUGAAGGAGGCGUGCGAAGGAUCCGCCAGAGGGCGCUAGUGCUCCGUUUGUCCCGAUAGCUAAUUAAUUGAAUAGGAGCCCAUGCCAGGGGGCAUGAAACGUGAUAAGCUCAAUAAAAUUGAUUGAAAGUUGUAA